CAGAGAAGGAAGAGAUCCAAAUACAGUCGAGGGGGGUGCCUUCAAUGUAAGAAGAUGAAGGUGAAGUGUGAUGAGGCAAAGCCAAAGUGCAUCCGAUGCUCCAAAAGGGACAAAGAGUGUACUUAUGCUACAAAUGGGAGUAAAUUCCGGAUGGUUGAAACAGCGCUUGAAGCAAACCGUGAGCAGGCUAACAAUGCGUCAUUCGGGGCCCUGGAUCUUAUAGACAAGGAUCUAUCUGCGAAAAUAGAUCAGGCAAUUGCGCUGGAUGAGAGUAUUAGCCCAUUCAUUGCAUCUCCUCAUGAAUUGCCUGAUUUGGCAUCCAGAAUUGAUUACGCUCUGCUCAAGCAGCCGUAUGGGGGACCUAGAGUGGAACCUACACGCGAUGCGGUUCUCGAUUCCGAUACCAUUUUCUCAUUCCCAUUUGAAUCCAUACUGUCGCUAAGUGAUGAAAUGCACAGGAAAUACUUCGAUGUGUUCUUUUCAGAGUUUGCUGAAAUCGUUGCUCCUUUGAAAGCGUCAUCAGAUGCGUUCUUCUUUAGGGAUGUUGUCAUACAGUACUCGAUGAAAAAGGACUACCUCUAUUUUGCAAUGCUGGCAUCCGGGGCUCGACUGUCUUAUAGAAGAACACUUGAGGACGACGAUCAAAAUGCAUGUGCUGCUUUUAUGAAAAAGACACUAGAGCUGUUGAAUGAUUAUACAAUGGUGUUGACUUUAUCUAAAGAUCAAGUUGAAUCAUUAAACUUGAGUAUAAUUGUACAAACAGUGGAAACUUUGACUCUGACAAUACUUUUACUCACAUCAGACAAUGCAUCCAGUAUGAAGGACAGCUGGAGAAGCCAUCUUAAGGGGGCCAAGGAGUUACUACGGAAGGUAUUCAUAGACGAGGCAUUUCCAAAGACAAAGGUAUUGACAUUUUGUAAGUGUUGGUUCACCGGGUUUGAAAUACUUGCUGGGCUCACCGCACCUUUCGGGGGAGUUCUGGUCCAGUCCCAUGAAAUAGAGAAGCUUUCAACUAAUGUGAAUGAUGAAAAUGAAGUUCAAAUACUCAGGGAAUUACAACUUGUCUCAAAAGAAGAUUUCAACUACAUCUUUGGAUUUCAUAACAAAUUGCUUCCGCCUCUGAUUAAAUUAAUGACUCGGAUGCGUAAGGGGAAUACCAAUAUUGGGCCAAAGGCCGAUUCUGAUUUUGUCUUUGAUAUGAUUAGCGAACUCAGAGCGUUCAAAGAUUAUGACUUCACAGCUAUAGAACUGGAUUCUAAAUAUCCAUGGGCACAAACUACACACAUGACCUAUGUGAAUGCAGCAUUGUUGACAGUUUUAACCAAAUUUCUCCAUGUGCCUUUGGACACAAGUGCCGUUAUUGAACUUGUCAACAGCAUUUUAGACUCAGUUACUGCUGGAAUAAAAGCUGAAAACGCUACAGAUAGUAUCAUCUUCCCAUUGAUGAUGGUUCAAUGGCCACUACUAGCUGCUGGAUUCAGCGCUAGUACGGAUGAGCAGAAGUUCAAAUUGGAUAGCAUUUUCCAUCUGUUAGCAGGCUGGGGCUCAGGGUCUGCACAGUAUUCAAUUGAAAUGAUGAAAAGAGCAUGGAAUAACAUAAACCCCAACCUUAAUGUCGAUUUAAUGGCCUACUGAGUGGUAUACGCAAUAAACGAU